AUAGUUGAAGCUUGGCAUAUGAGUUUGCAACAAAGUUAGUAACACUGAAAAUGGCACUUCAUAUUUCCUUUCUUCCCCAUCUUUUGUACUGCUCUUCAAAACAGAGCCUUCCACAAAGGGCUCUGCAUAGCAGCUUGUACCUACAUUGCUCCUCUGUCAAGCAAGAUUCACAGCGUACAGCUCAGAGACGAUCAGCCAAUUACCAGCCAACUACUUGGACUUCUGAUUUUGUGAAAUCCUUGACCAAUUACAAUUGGGAUGAAAUACAUGAGCAGAGGGCAAAGAAAUUAAAGGAGGAGGUAAGGGCUAUGAUUGGGGAUGAAGAUGUUAAUCCAUCAACAAUACUUGAACUCAUAGAUGACAUCCAACGGUUGGGGUUGAGCUAUCACUUUGAGGAGGAUAUUAGAAGAGCACUUAAUAGAAUAAUGUUUGUCCAAGGAACUAAUGUUAGAUUAGAGAAGGGUGUUCAUGCCACUACCCUCUACUUCAGGCUCUGUCGACAACAUGGUUUUGAGGUCUCUCAAGAUGUUUUUCAGAAAUUCAAGGACCAUGAUGGCAACUUUAGACAGGGGCUAUGUGAGGAUGUGAAGGGAUUGCUCAGUUUGUAUGAAGCUUCUCAUCUUGCUUUUGAUGGAGAAAAUAUCUUGGAUGAGGCCAAAGUAUUUACAACCAAACAUCUCAAGGGCAUAAAGGGAAAUAUUGACACAACCCUUAUGCAACAAAUAAAACAUGCUUUGGAGCUUCCUUUCCACCAUAGGAUGUUGAGGCUAGAAGCUAGGUGGUACAUUCAAGCAUAUAGUGAGAGAAGAGAUGCAAAUCACUUGUUGCUUGAAUUAGCCAAGUUGGAUUUCAACAUGGUGCAAUCUAAACUCCAACGAGAGCUCCAACAAAUGUUAAGGUGGUGGGAGGAUAUAGGCUUGACAAACAAGUUGAGUUUUGCUAGGGACAGACUCAUGGAAUGCUUCUUUUGGACUGUCGGUAUGGCUUUUGAACCUCAAUUCAGUUCCUGCCGAAAGGGGCUGACGAAAGUAACCGCUUUGAUCACCACGAUUGAUGAUGUCUACGAUGUUUAUGGAUCGUUGGAUGAACUAGAACUGUUCACAGCUGCUGUUGAGAGAUGGGAUACAAAUGUUGUGGAAACACUUCCAGACUACAUGAAGUUAUGCUUCCUAGCUCUUUACAACACUGUCAAUGAAAUGGCUUAUGACGCUCUUAAACAGCAUGGGGUCAACAUCAUCCCAUAUUUGACUAGAGCGUGGGCAGAUUUAUGCAAAGCAUUCUUGGUGGAAGCAAAAUGGUGUUUCAACAAAGAAACUCCAACAUUCGAGGCAUACCUUGAUAACGCAUGGCGUUCAGUAUCAGGGGCUGUAAUACUAGUUCAUGCCUAUUUUUUGAUGACUAAAACUAUUACAAAAGAGGCACUGGAUAGCUUACAGGCAUACCAUAGUCUUUUGGAAUGUUCAUCCAUUAUUUUCAGACUAACCAAUGAUUUGGGUACUUCCAAGGCCGAGUUGGAGAGAGGUGAAUCGGCAAAUUCAAUCUUGUGUUAUAUGAAGGAGAAUGGAGUUUCUGAACAAGUUGCUCGGAAGCAUACAAGCAAUUUGAUUGAUGAAACAUGGAAGAAGAUGAACAAAGAUCGAGUAAUUGAUUCUCCAUUUGAGAAAUCAUUUGUUGAAACCACUAUUAACCUUGCUCGGAUUUCCCAAUGCACGUAUCAACACGGAGAUGGGCAUGGAUCUCCAGAUUCUCAAGCAAAGAAUCGAGUCUUAUCAGUGAUAAUCGAACCCAUUCCUCUCAUGGAGAAACAAAAGUUGAUAAGGAGUUGAGCCAAAGCUAACAAAAAAGAGCUGAGUCAAAGUCAAGAAGAGAGCUUAGUUAUAACUAGGGUUAGAUUGGUUUGGUUAGUUGUAAUCAUGGCAUCCUUUUAUAUAAAUAAAGUACAAACUCUAUAAUUGUGAUUGAUUGAAUAAUAUCUUCUGUAGAUUUAGUUUUUCUUUAUGCUUCUUAGCAUGCUAACCCAUUUGCAGUAUCUGUUCUGCCUGUAGCUCAGCUUACUACUCACCAUCUAACUCAACUUGCUCAUCAGUCUGCAGUUUCGACUGCUGCUUUGCCUCUAGUUCAGUCUGUUUCACACACAGCAGCUUUACCAGUUUCUGCUGUCCCUUCUUCUCCUUAUAUUUCUUCUUCUCCAUCUUCUCAGAUCCCUAUUUCUUAUAUUUUUAUUCAUUUUCCUACUCUCUCAUCUGCCUCUCACUUUAUCUUUUCUACUAAUACUCACCCCAUGGUUACUUGGUCUAAAUCUCAUCAUCCUACUUAUUUCCUCACUUUUACUAAUCUUCCUUCUUCUGAUCUGGUUGAGCCUCAAUCUUAUCAAGAAGCUGCUCAAUCAGUUACCUAGACUGUUGCCAUGGUUGAUGAAUACACAUCUUUAAUGCGACAAGGAACUUGGGUUUUGGUCCCUCUUCCUUCUACCAAAAGCUAUUGGUUGCAAAUGGGUUUUUUGUCUCAAGAAAAAUUCAGAUGAUACAAUUGUUUUGUACAAAGCCAAAUUGGUUGCCAAAGGAUUUCUCCAAACUGAAGGUAUUGAUUAUUUUGAGACCUUUAGUCUAGCAGCAAAGCAACCUACUGUUAGACUUCUCUUAUGUUUAGCUCUUCACUUCAACUGGUCCAUCAAACAACUUGAUAUCUUCAAUGCUUUUAUAUGCAUCAACCUCUUGGUUUUGUUGAUAAGGAGCAUCUAUCCAUGGUUUGCAAUUUGCACAAAACUCUUUAUGGGCUCAAGCAAGCUCCCGGAGCUUGGUUCUCUACUUUUUCUACAUUUCUUCUCAAGCAAGGCUUCUAGGCUAGUCAUUGUAAUUCAUCCUUAUUUGUUAAGAAGACUUCUACCGCCAUCACUAUUCUCUUAAUAUAUGUUGAUGAUAUUCUUCUCACAAGCAGUGAUCCUUCUUAUAUUUCCACCCUUAUCACUCAGAAGCACUCUAGUUUUUCCAUGAAGGAAUUGGGUCUUCUUGACUAUUUUUUGGGUAUAUCUGUUACCUCCUCUGCCUCAGGCUAUUUCAUGUCUCAGAAGAAGUAUGCUACUAAGAUUUUGGCCAAAGCUAGUAUGACAAAUUGCAAAUCUACCCCAUCUCCUAUGCCUCUCAAGUCUACUGCUUCUACUGAGGAUUUGCCCUUCUUUCGGCCUUCCCUUUAUCAUAGUCUUGUUAGUGCCCUGUGUUGAGUUGGCUACAGAUUCUGGCCAUGUGAAGGAAAGUAGCAGCCAGCUACAUGGUGGGGAAGCCAUGAGGCCAUGUGAGUUGGCCAUGAGGCCAUGAGGCCAUGAAGCCUCAAUCUGGAAAGCCACCGAAAUGGGCUGGCAGCCAGCUCAAUUAAUCUUGCAUUGUAAUCUCUAUAUAUAGAGAAGCUAAGGAGAGUUGAGAAGUACAGCUGAGAGGUGUGAG